CUCAAGCCCAUUGAUGAGUCUCGUGUUGAUUUAUUUGCUACCAGUUUUAACGAAGAGAUGAUCUUUAUUAUAUCCCAAAUUUGGAUUGGUGCUUUUGCUAACGAGAAGAGUCAAGAGUGUAAUGUUAGAGGCACAAUAUGACUAUAGUUAAUAAAUACGAAGUAAUAAUUACAGAGUAUCAUUAUGUAAUAAAUAAAGACCAACCCUUUAUUUCAAUGAAGAGGUAUUUCUUCAUGAAGAGGUAUUUCUUCAUUCAAAAAGUAUAUGUAAUAUACACAAAGUACGGUGUAAUAUUUAUUUAAAUAUAAAAUCAUUAUAAUAAAUAUUUUGUUCUAUUAAUAAAUUAUAUGCUCUUUAAUGUAAUUUCAUAUUAUCCGGUCACUCUCUCAGCUCUUUUUGCCAAACGGGUUUACUCUAUUCAGCUAGUAAUUCAGAUUCAGCACUUCAAAAUCCAGCUUCCGACAAUAGUCUCUGAUCCAGACAAUAGCCCCUAAUUCAGACAUAGCCUCCAGUUCCAGCUUGAUGUGCCAAACAUAGCCUAAAAAAGUCGAUUAAGCCCUUGAACCAAACAAACUCCUCAUUAAGCCCACCAAUUUUACAAAAACAAACAAAUUUACUCCCUCCAUCCUUUAUAAUUGUUCCAGUUAAUUCUCUCUUCUUUGCGCAAACUUCAAUUACACAGUUUUUACUUUAUUAAUUCUCGUGUCAAACUUGGCAAAGUAAAUCCGGUUCCCCGGCCAUAUAGCUGACGUGACAGUCCACAUAUUUAUGUUUUUCUUUUUCUCCUCUUCUACUCGAGCUACUUUCUUCUUCCACCGCUCCCUUCUUCCUUCUUGCUUUCUUUUCUCCUUUUUCUCCAUUCUCCCCAGUCUUCUUCCCAGCCAAACUACUCUCCCCUUUUUGUUUCUUCUUCUUCUUCCUAUUGUGCUCCAUUAUUUUCCCUCUUUUUCUGAACUCUGCGACAUUUUUGUUUUCGUUUUUUAUUAUAUUUCCGCUUCUUCAAAGUGCAGGAGCAGGCCGGUGAUGGAUUCUUUAAAAAGAGUAAACGGUGUAGGAGAUGGUUCUUUUGGAUUGCUAAUUUUCGAUGCUUCUCUUUUGCAGACAGGUUGGGUAUAUAGUUUUUGUCCAGGAAACUCCUCCAAAAGACACCUAUUGAAUGGAAUGUGGUAAACUUUCUUUCACAAUUGAGAGUCGCGACUAUUCUGCCAAGAUAACAAUCCAAAAACAAAGCAAACAAUAAUCUAGUCUUUUAAAUGGGUGUUUGGAUUUGAUUCUUAAAACUGCUUCUGUCUCCUUCACGGAGCAGAAGCAGAAGUUGGAGAGUUUGAGAAAAAGUGCAGAAGUGAUUCUGAUGCUCUAAUUUACUCAUAGAAUUAGUUUUUUUAGAAGCUGGGGUGACCAGCUUCUGAAAACUGAUUCUGAUUCUGCUUCUGCUUUAAAAAAGAAGCAGAAUCAGAAUCAGUUCCAAACACCCCCUAAGUGAACUGUUUAA